AUGAAGAAACCAAGGAGGGGGUGGAGCCUGUGUGUGUAUAAAAGCUGGCACACGGCGCCGUCCUCCUCAGUUCCAACUUCGUGGUGGAAGAGUGAGCAUCGAGCCAUGGCGUGUUCUUCAUCCAGCAAUGACACUUAUGAUAGACCAGGCGCUUUGCAGAAUAAAGUAAUUACCCCGCGGUGUGUCCUUUGUGGGAAUGACUCCCUUCGAUCCGCGUGGGUCGUGGGCAGUUCCUUCCUGGGACACUGCUGCUUCCCUUCACCGCUUAGUUCAAAGAGGGAAGUCUGGAUUGUACCUGAUGGAAUCUACCUAAAAAAGGUGGCGCGAGAACAAGGCUUCCUCACUGAUGACUGGCUGUGGCUGACCUUUGCUGAACUGGCGACUAAGGGUAUUAUGACACAUUCUGUUUUAGGUGAACCUUUGGUACCCCUUGUGAUUUUGACCGAGGACGGCCGUUAUUUGGGCAGAGUCUAUCCAUUGCUUCGUAUGGCUUGGCGCCUAGCUAGCGGGGGCUACCGUUUCACAUAUCAUAUGAAGGGUGGCUCCUGCAUAGCAGUUAGCCCCGAGACACGACCACCACCGGACCAGGGCUUAGCCACCACCACUGCCGCCGACCAUCGUUCGGACCGGGAGUCUAGGCCUGAGGCCCCCGAGCCCAGUGCCGCCCGACGAGCGCCAGCGGUCGGCAGCAUUACACCAACUGCACGUCCACCGUCUCCGGGGGAGGUCAUAAAUGUGGAUGAGGAGGAGGAGGAGGAAGAGGAGGAGGAAAGUGUAUAUGACAGCUGGACUCCUACCUCUCCUCCACCCACUACAUCGGUGGUUUCUGAAGCGACAUCUCCUUGUCCGACUACUCCCGGGACGCCUAGUGAUGUGCUGGAGAUGCUGAUGGAUGUGGUGGUGAACCCUGACUGUCUUGACCCAGAGCCAGCGGUGGCAAGUGGCGUUCAGGAGUGGACGGCUAUUGUCAACGCGUUCAGGGCUACCAUGCGUCAAGGACCCAGUUCAUAGUGGGGCUGGGUCUCAGCUCAAGGAGGGGGUGUCGGGUGGGCGCCAGGCUACAUACAUAAGCAAUGGUACAAAAAGGUUGUAAUUGGCAUAUGUGGCUGGGUUAAUGUGAUUGAGCUUAGCCCCAGUUUCAAUUCCUGGUCCAACCACCAGAGGUCGACAAACCAAAUUAGAUCGUAAGGAAAGAGUCGCCAGGUCAAGCAUAAGUCUUCUUACUUAUAUCAAUACUAUUAAAACCCCCUUGUCAUAAGUAAACAAACACAUACUGAGGUCAACUGCUUAUAUAAUCAAUUGCUUGAUUUUAUAUCCUUGAGAUAAUUUUAAUGAUUCUCUGUGAAGUUAUAAUUUAGAUGUUCUUUUGGAAAUCAGUGAUAAAAAGUACAUCAAGCCUAAUAAGGCUGUUAUAUAAUAUUUUGAUUUUUGUAUUUCUAAUGUACAAUGCUUUGGAACAGCUUUUAUGCAAAGAUUAUGACCUGUGCAAGGUUGUCUCUCUCAGGCAACGGAGCACACGAAUGCUCUACGAAGUAAGCAUGGACCUGUUGAAAUGCAUGAGAGAAUUGUAUUCACAUGAAUGUAUAAAUAUGAACUGAUAAACAUGUAUUGCAGAAUGCUUAAGAGAUUAAUGAGAAGUGAUGAAGUGUAUUGAUUGUGUUCAAGACAUAUGAAAUAUGCUUGUCAUUGAAUGGAUGUAUUAUGUGAGUAGUCAAUAGUAUUUACUGUGAACCUAUUUUGGGUGAGCAAAAAGGGGAAAUGGGUACUUUCCACUAGGAUCAUGUCAGGACACUGAAUGAGCAAAAGGGGGAAAUGGGUACUUUCCACUAGGAUCAUGUCAGGACACUGGAUGAGUAAUGGAGAGAUAGGUGCUUUCCACUUAGGUCAAGUCAGGACACUGAAUGAGUAAGGGAAAAAUAGGUACUUUCCACUCAAGUCAAAAAAAGUUAGGACGCUGAAGGCGGGAACAGAGGUUAUAAAAAUCCCUCACACGGACAAACGGGGCUCCUUACUCUCUCGAGAUAGGGAGACACACGUUCUUUUUUCCCCUCGCAAUGCUCAGGGACAAGCUGGCAGGAGGACUUCACUUUUAAAUCUCCUUCUCAUUUAAUUGGGUAAGACAAAACAGUGUACUAUAAUAAGGUAACUAAUAGAACCUCUAUUGACAUUGCGCGGAAUAAGGGAAAAAGGGCUAGUCAGCUGUUCAGGCGUUCUGAUGUCCAAAUUAUCUUAUUAUUAAUUGGCGUUACGGCUCCGUAGGACUUGAUCACUCCUUAAAAGCUCACUCAAAAAGGUAAAUACUUAUUUUGUGAUUUAUGACUUUUGAACAACUUCUAUUUCUUUCCAUUUUUAUUAUUCUUAUUAUUGUUCAUUAUAUAUCGCUAACCCAUACUGUCAUAUUAUCAAUCCAACCUUGUGUAAUCACUGAAAUAAAUACCUUGCUUUAA